GUUCUCGCGCGAUCGGGCGAGGUUUCCGGUGUUGUGACUGAAAGCCGUCAAUAUGGCGGCGAUCGGCCGCGGCCGCUCUCUGAAGAACCUCCGAAUACGAGGGCGGAAUGACAGCGGCGAGGAGAACGUCCCGUUCGACCUGACCCGAGAACCUUCUGAUAACUUACGAGAGAUUCUCCAAAAUGUAGCCAAAUUACAAGGAGUUUCAAAUAUGAGAAAGUUAGGCCAUCUGAAUAACUUUACUAAGCUUCUUUGUGAUAUUGGCCAUAGUGAAGAAAAACUGGGCUUUAACUAUGAAGAUAUUAUCAUCUGUUUGCGGUUGGCUUUAUUAAAUGAAGCAAAAGAAGUGCGAGCAGCAGGGCUACGAGCGCUGCGGUACCUCAUUCAGGACUCCAGUGUCCUGCAGAAGGUGCUGAAACUGAAAGUGGACUACUUAAUAGCUAGGUGCAUUGACAUACAGCAGAGCAACGAGGUAGAGAGGACUCAAGCACUUCGAUUAGUCAGAAAGAUGAUCACUGUGAAUGCUUCCUUGUUUCCUAGUUCUGUUGCCAACUCAUUAAUUGCAGUUGGAAAUGAUGGACUUCAAGAAAGAGACAGAAUGGUUCGGGCAUGCAUUGCCAUUAUCUGUGAACUAGCACUUCAGAAUCCAGAGGUGGUGGCUCUUCGAGGCGGACUGAACACCAUCCUGAAAAAUGUGAUUGAUUGCCAAUUAAGUCGAAUAAACGAGGCUCUUAUUACUACAAUUUUGCACCUUCUUAAUCAUCCAAAAACCCGACAGUAUGUACGAGCUGAUGUAGAAUUAGAGCGAAUUUUAGCACCCUAUACUGAUUUUCACUACAGACAUAGUCCAGACACAGCUGAAGGACAGCUCAAGGAAGACAGAGAAGCACGGUUUCUAGCCAGUAAAAUGGGAAUCAUUGCAACAUUCCGCUCAUGGGCAGGUAUUAUUAAUUUAUGUAAACCUGGAAACUCUGGGAUCCAAUCUCUAAUUGGAGUACUUUGUAUACCAAAUAUGGAAAUAAGGCGAGGUCUGCUAGAAGUACUUUAUGAUAUCUUUCGUCUUCCUCUACCUGUCGUGACAGAGGAGUUCAUAGAAGCACUGCUCAGUGUUGAUCCAGGAAGAUUUCAAGAUAGUUGGAGGCUUUCAGAUGGCUUUGUAGCAGCUGAAGCAAAAACUAUUCUCCCUCAUCGUGCCCGAUCCAGGCCAGACCUCAUGGAUAACUACUUGGCCCUAAUACUUUCUGCAUUUAUUCGGAAUGGACUUUUAGAGGGGUUAGUUGAAGUGAUAACGAAUAGUGAUGACCAUAUCUCAGUGAGAGCUACCAUACUUUUAGGAGAGCUUUUACAUAUGGCAAAUACAAUUCUUCCUCAUUCACAUAGCCACCAUCUGCAUUGCUUGCCCACCCUCAUGAAUAUGGCUGCAUCCUUUGAUAUCCCCAAGGAAAAGAGACUGCGAGCCAGUGCAGCCCUGAACUGUUUAAAACGCUUCCAUGAAAUGAAGAAACGUGGGCCGAAGCCUCAUAGCCUUCAUUUAGAUCACAUUAUUCAGAAAGCAAUUGCAACACACCAGAAACGGGAUCAGUAUCUUCGAGUACAGAAAGAUAUAUUUGUUCUUAAGGAUACAGAGGAAGCUCUUUUAAUAAAUCUUAGGGAUAGCCAAGUCCUUCAGCAUAAAGAGAAUCUUGAAUGGAAUUGGAAUCUCAUAGGGACCAUUCUUAAGUGGCCAAAUGUAAAUCUAAGAAACUAUAAAGAUGAACAGUUGCACAGGUUUGUACGAAGAUUGCUUUACUUUUACAAGCCCAGCAGUAAAUUAUAUGCCAAUCUGGACCUGGACUUUCCCAAGUCCAAGCAGCUCACAGUGGUUGGCUGCCAAUUUACAGAAUUUCUUCUUGAGUCUGAAGAGGACGGGCAGGGAUACUUAGAGGACCUAGUGAAGGAUAUUGUUCAGUGGCUUAAUACCUUGUCGGGAAUGAAACCUGAAAGAAGUCUUCAAAAUAAUGGCUUAUUAACUACCCUUAGUCAGCACUAUUUCUUAUUUAUUGGAACACUGUCUUGUCAUCCUCAUGGAGUCAAAAUGCUGGAAAAAUGCAGUGUUUUUCAGUGUCUCCUUAAUCUUUGUUCCUUGAAAAAUCAAGAUCACUUGCUAAAACUGACUGUUUCUAGCUUAGACUAUAGCAGAGAUGGAUUAGCUAGAGUCAUUCUUUCAAAAAUCCUGACGGCAGCUACUGACGCCUGCAGACUAUAUGCAACAAAACAUUUAAGAGUUUUAUUGAGAGCUAAUGUUGAAUUCUUCAACAAUUGGGGAAUUGAGUUACUAGUAACUCAGCUACAUGAUAAAAAUAAAACAAUUUCUUCUGAAGCUCUGGAUAUCCUUGAUGAAGCUUGCGAAGACAAGGCCAAUCUCCAUGCUCUCAUUCAGAUGAAGCCUGCUUUAUCUCACCUUGGGGACAAGGGUCUGCUUCUCCUUCUGAGAUUUCUGUCCAUCCCAAAAGGAUUUUCCUACCUGAAUGAAAGGGGUUAUGUAGCCAAGCAAUUGGAAAAAUGGCACAAGGAAUAUAAUUCCAAAUAUGUGGACUUGAUUGAGGAACAACUUAAUGAAGCACUCACUACAUACCGGAAGCCUAUUGAUGGUGAUAACUAUGUUCGUCGGAGUAACCAAAGAUUACAGCGUCCUCAUGUCUACCUGCCUGUACACCUUUAUGGACAACUGGUACACCACAAAACAGGCUGCCAUUUAUUGGAAGUCCAGAAUAUUAUUACAGAACUCUGUCACAACGUUCGCACACCUGAUUUGGAUAAGUGGGAAGAAAUUAAAAAACUGAAAGCCUCUCUUUGGGCCUUGGGAAAUAUUGGCUCAUCAAAUUGGGGUCUCAAUUUGCUGCAGGAAGAAAAUGUGAUCCCAGAUAUACUGAAGCUUGCAAAACAGUGUGAAGUUCUUUCUAUCAGAGGGACUUGUGUCUAUGUCCUUGGGCUCAUAGCUAAAACCAAACAAGGCUGUGAUAUUUUGAAGUGUCACAACUGGGAUGCUGUGAGACAUAGCCGCAAGCAUCUCUGGCCAGUGGUUCCAGAUGAUGUGGAACAGCUCUGUAAUGAACUCUCAUCUGUCCCAAGCACCUUGAGUUUGAACUCAGAGUCAACCAGCUCUCGACAUAAUAGUGAAAGUGAAUCUGCACCUUCAAGUAUGUUCAUACUGGAGGAUGACCGGUUUGGCAGCAGUUCUACGAGUACAUUUUUCCUUGACAUCAAUGAGGAUGCUGAGCCAGCAUUUUAUGACCGACCUGGACCCAUAAAGGAUAAAAACUCAUUCCCCUUCUUUGGUUCUAGUAAGCUUGUGAAGAAUCGAAUCUUAAAUUCACUCACUUUACCUAAUAAAAAACACCGCAGUAGCAGUGAUCCAAAAGGAGGAAAAUUGUCAUCUGAUAAUAAAACAAGCAACCGGCGAAACAGAACCCUUACAGAGCCCAGUGUUGACUUUAACCAUAGUGAUGACUUCACGCCUAUCUCCACAGUGCAGAAAACAUUACAAUUAGAGACUUCAUUUGUUGGAAAUAAGCACCUUGAAGACACGGGUAGUACUCCAAGUAUUGGAGAGAAUGACCUCAAAUUCACCAAGAGUUUUGGUACAGAGAAUCACCGGGAAAACACAAGCCGAGAAAGGUUAGUUGUGGAAAGCUCAACAAGCUCACAUAUGAAAAUUCGCAGCCAAAGUUUCAAUACAGACACUACAACAAGUGGCAUAAGUUCAAUGAGUUCAAGUCCUUCACGAGAGACAGUAGGUGUUGAUGCUACAACUAUGGACACCGACUGUGGAAGUAUGAGUACUGUGGUAAGUACGAAAACUGUUAAGACAGGCCACUAUUUGACACCACAGUCUAACCACCUGUCUCUCUCCAAAUCAAACUCAGUGUCCCUGGUGCCUCCAGGUUCUUCUCAUACACUUCCUAGAAGAGCGCAGUCCCUUAAAGCACCUUCUAUUGCCACAAUUAAAAGUCUAGCGGAUUGUAACUUUAGCUACACGAGUUCUAGAGAUGCCUUUGGCUAUGCUACUCUGAAAAGAUUGCAGCAGCAAAGAAUGCACCCAUCCUUAUCUCACUCUGAAGCCUUGGCGUCUCCAGCAAAGGACGUGCUGUUCACUGAUACCAUCACUAUGAAGGCCAGCAGCUUUGAGUCCAGAUUAACACCAAGCAGGAUCGAUUUUAAAAAGAAGCAUGUCGGGGGAAUCAGGAGCUUAAGACCUCCAAUAACAAACAACCUUUUCAGGUUCAUGAAAGCUUUAAGUUAUGCAUCACUAGAUAAAGAAGAUUUAUUAAGUCCUAUUAAUCAAAAUACCCUGCAGCGAUCCUCCUCAGUUAGGUCCAUGGUGUCCAGUGCUACAUAUGGAGGCUCUGAUGACUAUAUUGGACUUGCUCUUCCCGUAGACAUCAACGACAUAUUCCAGGUAAAGGAUAUUCCUUAUUUUCAGACAAAAAAUGUGCCUCCCCAUGAAGAUGGAGGUGCAAGAGUGUUUACCCAAGAUGCGGGAGGUCUUCCAUCUGGAACUGGAGGUCUUGUGAAAAACUCUUUUCACUUGCUACGGCAGCAGAUGAGUCUCACGGAAAUAAUGAACUCGAUCCAUUCAGACGCAUCUCUGUUUUUAGAAAGUACAGAAGACACCGGCCUGCAGGAGCACACAGAUGAUAACUGCCUAUAUUGUGUCUGUAUUGAAAUUCUGGGCUUCCAGCCCAGUAACCAGCUCAGUGCAGUCUGUAGUCAUUCAGACCUUCAGGAUAUUCCGUAUUCAGAUUGGUGUGAGCAGACUCUGCAGAACCCCUUAGAAGUGGUUCCUUCUAAGUUCUCGGGGAUUUCUGGGUGCAGCGAUGGAGCGUCUCAAGAAGGCUCUGCUAGCAGCACCAAGAGCACAGAACUGUUACUAGGUGUUAAGACCAUCCCAGAUGACACACCCAUGUGCCGCAUACUCCUUCGCAAAGAAGUUCUAAGAUUAGUUAUUAAUUUGAGUAGUUCAGUUUCAACUAAAUGUCAUGAAACAGGACUUUUAACAAUUAAGGAGAAGUAUCCCCAAACAUUUGAUGACAUAUGCCUUUACUCUGAAGUUUCUCAUUUGCUGUCACACUGCACAUUUAGACUUCAGUGUCGGAGGUUCAUACAGGAGUUAUUUCAAGAUGUCCAGUUUUUGCAAAUGCAUGAAGAAGCAGAGGCUGUGUUGGCAGUACCACCAAAGCAACCUAUAGUCGAUACAUCUGCCGAAUCCUGACCUCAUAUUUCUGAUGUACAUGUAUCCAUAUGUGUGUUUUUCUACAAGCCUCACAGAAUACUGACUGGCUGGACAGCAGACAGAAGCAUCUGUGCACUGCUCCAGCAGUUACUGGUACAUGAACAGUUGGAACUGCUGACUUCCCUAACCAGAUCCACUUCCUUCUGUCCCUGCUGAGCCUCUGAAGGGUUCAUGCCUCAUUGCCACACUUGUAAGAGUUUCAGUUACCAUCAUAUGCAAGAACCAAGCACUGAAUACCUACAUACAGAAUACCCUCGUGGUUUUUCUAUUUUUUUAUUUUAAACGCAUAAUGGCAGUAGAACAAAAAUGGGAUGUGCAGAAGCACCCUUCACACGGUUAAUUCUGAGUGCUUUUUUAUUAUUAAGGGUGAAAAGUUGAUGCCUUGUUUGUUAGCUAAUUCAUGGAAACCAGGAGUCUACAGGGCUGCGUCCUGUUCCCACAGUGGUGUGUGCUGUGAUUGCCGGUGUUGGAGGGAAAACACUGCCUUCUACGUGUCCUUAAUGUUAGUAACACUACAUCCGAGGUUGCUCUCCUCAGAGCAGAAGAAAGAGCCUCCACGAUCCAGAAUGUCUGAGUUACUCUUCCGUUUCGAAAACACGUAAAGAUGCUCACUUACUGUCCAUCUCCUCAGUUACGAUUUGUACCAAUUAAGGUUUUUCACUACAAUUCCUGAUUGAGUAGAAUUGAAAUAUUUCAUAUUUACAGCAUGUAUGUGUUAUAGUGGACUUCCAUUUUUAUCAACUUCCUAUUUCACCAGUUUUAUUUUUCCAAGCAUUAAUGCUUUAGACCCAAAGCAAAGCAUUAAACAAUACUUCAGAUCUCCUGAGGGAAAGACAAGUUUACCUAAAGUUUACACAUUCCAUUGGAAACGAAGAGCCACAUUUCCUUUUAAAGCAUCAUUAAGGAGACUCAUUAUAUUGGAAGUUGUAGUGAAAAGCCUUAAGUACUAAAUCUCAAAGCAGCAGUAGUUUGAUCAGUGUUCUUGUUUUGCACAGACUAAAUGCAGUGGUAGGUGAGAUUAAGAGUGCUGUUACUACCUUCAUCACAUUUGUGAAGUUUUGUUGAUGAAGGCAGGGUCUGUCUAAUUUGUGUAUGUAUAAAGAUAUUUGGAAAUUUUUACAGGAAUUAAACAUAUAUGCAAAGUUGUAUAUAAAAGUAGCAUGGCCACCAUCAUUAGAAUGCUUAUAAAUUAAAGGAUUAUCUUUUUGAAAUCUCUAUAUAGAAAUAGAAAAAUUCCAGCUGGACUUAUUACAACUGUUUUUUAAUUCAUUUGUGUAAAGCGUUUUUUUACAAUUCCACAUCAGCUUUGACCCCAACGUAGACCAUUGGUUAAUAUUCCCAUGCUGCACAUCCGUUUGUAAUGGGCUUGUUCCUGAGAUCUGUGUAAAGAUUCCUGUGAACCAGAAAACAACUCACAGCGAUUCUUUUAACUUGGUGGCACUGAAAGCUCCCAUUGGGAUGAAGCAUUUCACCUUGCUUCUGACACCUCUGCUUGCACCUCAGCGGACUCUUCAUGCGCACUGGGUACCGCUUAGUCACAGCAAAGCAGAUAAGGGCUCUAAGCCGCUGCUUGCAUUAAAGAGCAGCUCUUUAGGCUUUCUCAUAAAACUCAGUGACAGUAAAACAGUUUCUUUCUACUUUAUCACUGAACCCAAGUGUUUAUUUAAAUGUCAACAAUACUUCUAAGAAUGUUGCCUGUCACGUUGGUCUUUGGUUUUGGAUAAUCAAACUGCCUUUCCACAGAACCAAAUAUCAGACAUACUAGACCAAAUAGUGGUUAAAAGCUCCAAAGGAAGUAAUGUAGUAGUCUUAUUCAUAGUGAGAUUAACAUUUUAGACAUUCAUUUUGAACACUACCUCAGUUAAUAGAGUAUAAAAUCUGUGGUUUCAUCCCUCAAAAGUUAACCAUUUAUUUUCAUCACAUAAAACCUAUCCUGUCACCCCCCCCCCCACAUCAUCCAUCUAGAAAUUAAGGCUGUUACUAAACAGCCAAACAGUUUUAUUUUUCUUUUUAUGUGUUAUGUUUUGAUUUUUGACUGUUACUUUGAAAGGCAUGUAUAUAAAUAUAUAUAUAUGUGUCGUCAUAUCUGCCUAUAGCACUUAUUUUGAGAAGACACUUGGAAUCGUGAUUGUCAAUAUACUAAGAAAAAAUUACCUGUGCAUAAAUUUAUAGUGCUAUUUGGUGUUUCCAUGGUUUCACUGACAGGUCUGAUGUGUUUUCUUUAAGUACUUGUUUGUAUAAAGGUAGAAUUUUAUGAUGAAAACUACACACAGUGCCAAGUGAUUAACUUAGGUUUUUAAGAACAUUAAGUUAUAGCAGAAAAGGUUAGGAAUGGCAUCAGUGGUAAUAGAAAUUAUUGAGAUAAUCACCUAUAAAUAAUAGAUAUUACCAAAAUAAUGUCAGUACUGUAGUUUUUCAAGAUUUUAGAAUUAAUCUUAGUCCAUAUAAAUUUGUACUAUUGGUAACUAUUUAAUAAUUUGGAGGAAUUUGAAAGUUAAGCUGGUUGUAAACUGUGAAUUUCUAAUUGUAAAGUGAAUUGUCCUUUCUAAUUGAAUUUUUUUAAGAACAGAUUUCAGCUUCACAAACUGAAUACUAAUACAUAGGGGAAUUAAAAAUUUAGUAUUUAUAAUUAAAUAUGCUCUAAAAUUGCCUAUACUUUUUUUUCCUGAUUGUGCUUAGGUAUAUUUGAGGGUGAAAAUGUGUUUUCCCUAACUUAAAACUUUCUAAUGAAGAGUGGUAGCAUAACAACAUUCUGUAAGACAGUGACAGUGGAAGAAACUGGAAGUGUGUGCGUCAUUAUGGUAAUGAUACGUGCAAGUCCACUAGAGCUGCAGCUUUGGAAGUGUGCAUCAUUACAGUAAUGAUGUGUACAAGUCAAGUCCACUAGAGAUGCAGCUUUGGAAGUGUGCAUCAUUACAGUAAUGAUGUGUACAAGUCAAGUCCACUAGAGAUGCAGCUUUGGACGUUCUCAGCUCUUGUCUAGAGCUCAAGAUAAAUUAAAGCUGAAGUCUUCGGGGCAUGUCACAAUGGCAGUGUUCAAAAGUGAGAUGUCAGUGUUUAUUUAGAUUUGUCUACUGCUAUUUAUAUACAUUUUUUUCAUUCCAUUCAGAGGAUGCCUUUUACCCCCAUAUUAAAGCACAGAUCAUUAAGCAAUAAAAACCAAAUUGUCUGUUAUUCAAAUUAUAACUGCAAUUAUUUUUGCGUGGUAAGAAUGAGGUGCUAAUUUUUGUGUGAGAAGAACUUGUGAACUACUUUGGGAAAUGUUCAUUGGAAGUAAGGUUUUUUACCCCUUUAGACUUAUGCUUCCAUUUUUGUCUCAGAUUUAUAAUCCGUGAGAACAUGCGUGGGGUGAAGUAGAAUUCCAUUUGAGAGACUUACAAGGAGAGCUGCUUGGAAUGAACAUCUUAGAUUUUACUAAAUGCAAUUUGGGAAGGUCACCAUUGUCUCUUUACAACAUACAUUAUUGUGUCCAUUUCAAGAGUUUCACUACACUGGGAGUUUCAUUAAAAAGCAUACCAGUGAAAGUAAGAAGAGUGCUCCUCAAAGAACACUGAAAUCUGCAAAAAGCUUCCAGGAAUUUUUUUCCCUUUAAUUCCAAGUGUCUGGGGUAGUUUUCUUUUACAGUAGGUUUAUGUGACUCACAGAAUGUGGAAAUUUCCCUCUUGGAGUAUUUUAUAACUAGGUGGCUAGCUAUGCCACCAACUGCAUACAUUGCACAUUGUUGUUCGACUUUCAUUAUAAAAUACAUAAUAUGGAAAAUUAAUUUAUGCCAUAAUAGAAGCAUAUCUCAGAGUUUUCCCACUUAUCUAAGUUGACUUAGCACAAAAUGCAAAGUUUGGGGGCAGAAAGAGGAGUGUUAAAGAUGACUUUUGAAAACUUCCAAUACUAGCCUGUCAGAAGCCCUAAAGAUGCAUUGUAAAACAAGUGAUGUAAAUUAGUUUUGGAAGGUGGUAAGGGGUAGUGAAAAAAAUCUGACUUAUGCUCUCUGACCACAAGAUUUUUUUUUUAUUUAGUAAUACGCUGCUACAUUUUUGGAGGUUCUGGUGUUUGUAGGUCACUGAACAGACAUUGAAAUCUGAUUUAUAUUGUAUAACUGUAACAUAGAAAGAAAAAGUAUUUAUAUAUUUUCCUUAAGAAUAUUUCAUUGAGUUGUGUAUAAUUUAAAUAAGAUUUGUCCCCAAAUGGUUUUGCUCACCUUGAUUUUUUUGUUGUGGUUUUCUUGUUUUUGUAUAAUGUGUACAGUUUAUGUUAAGGGCAUUAAAAGGCUCCUGAAGUAUAAUCUUAUGAAAGGGAUACAUUGUUAAUAAAAUGUACUUAAAAUUCUUUAA